AUUUAUUUAUCCUCCACUAUGGAGUUACUACUAUUUAUUCACUAGGCUUAGCAAGGAUUUUUUUUUAUCUACCAUGUCUAGUGUGGGCUGAUGGUGUGUGUGCGUGUGUGCAUGUGUUUGUUUAUUGUAUGUACUGUUGAGUAUGGAUACACCCUGCUGCUCCUCCACAUAUAUAGUUCCUAAUGGAAAAAUAAAGUUAUAUGAAUUGAACCAGACUAUACUAAUGGGGAAUAUAUGAAACACUAUGGUAUGUGUGUGUGUGUGUGUGUGUGUGCGUGUGUGUGUCUGUCUGUCUGUCUGUGUUUGUGUGUGCGUAUGUUAACCUGCCUGCCUUCGUGUGUGAGAGUAAGGAGAAGAAGGACAGAAGAUUAACAAAAAGAUAAUAAAAUAGCUGAAGAUAAAAUAUAAGAAUAAAAUAACGUUUUUCUACGAUAGGCCCUGUAGUUCCCUUCUGUUCAUUCUGCUGCGAAUCAAGGAGGGAAGAGGAAGGAAGUCUGUCAAUGUUGUUUGGUGUCUGUUCAGCUCACUGCAGGAAAUGGAACCACAGAUUUGAAGUCAGACCAGCUUCCUCCUCUACAGUAACGCUUUACUGUUAUUUAUAUUGUUAUCUAAUCAAAUUCAUAGAGUUUUCCUUCUAUCAACUUUUUAAUCGUGUUUUCGACCUGCAGAUGUGUUUUAUUUUGUGGACUCACUAUGAAUUUAACAUCAGCAGCAAGAGAAUUUCUAGCUUUCCUUCUGUCAGUACAAGAUGGGCCUCAACACACAUAUGUGUAUUCAAGUCCCUCUGCUGAAAUAGAGGAGGGCAGUUCAGUGACUCUGAGUUGCAGCAUUGAUGCCAACCCAGCAGCUAAGUACACCUGGUUCAAGAACAACCAACCUCUGCUCUGGGAACCAAGUCAACCUCAUACCUUCCCCUCAGUCCACCCUGAAGACAGAGGAACGUACCACUGUCAUGCAGAGAACAAAUAUGGACAUCAGAGCUCUAACUCGAUAUUCAUGGAUGUCCACUACGCUCCAAAUUCCCCGACAGUGACCGUGAGUCCCUCAGGUGAAUUAGAGGAGGGCAGUUCAGUGACUCUGAGCUGCAGCAGUAAUGCUAACCCAGCAGCUAACUAUACCUGGUUCAAGGAACAUGACAUCUCUGUGAAGUUAUCAGGACAGAACUACACUUUCACUUUCAUCAUUUCGGAUCUUGGAGGAAACUAUUACUGCCAAGCUCAUAACGCAAUUGGACAGCAUAAUUCCACCUUUUUGUUUAUUAAAGUGACAUCCUCAUCAUCACAGAAAGCAAUAGUAGCUGUAGCAUCCAUUGGUGUCUUCGUGGUGACCAUACACCUCAUCAUCUUCCUCUGGAUGAGAAGAAAGAGGGCCUCUAGAAAAGCAUGUGGACAGGGAGGAAGGCCAGAUACCGUGGAGGAGCCACCUUCUGUUGCUGAGUAUGAAAACAUCUUAGCUUUGACCAAUCGCUUGGCUCCUGCAGCACAGAGAGAACCAAUAGAAGAGCAGGAUAAUCUUCAUUAUCCCAGCAUCCACACCUCUCUCUCAGAGAACCAGGAAAUGCCUCGCUGGUUGGCUGGCUUUCGUCUCAAAUCAGACCAGACAGAUGCAGUCCUUUACUCUGUGGUCAACAUUAAGAGACCCAACACUGUCCCUGGAGAGCGUGAGCAGACGGAGGCAGCAGAAACCUCAGAGUUGUAUAGCACCGUCAAAAAAUAACCCGGAGAUUGAACCAGUUGUGGCAGCAGGAUUUAAAUAGUGAGUCUAGUUAGAUUGUGUGUCUCAUCCAUUUAGUUUAACAGAACAAUAUGCUGGCUGCAUAUACUUGCCACCACUGUUAAUACAUGAUCUGAUGACUUUUGAAUUUAUUUUGACUUAUUUACUGGAUUGUGUAUGUUCCACUUGUGAUGGCCCCAGCGAGGCCACAUCUUAUCCAGGGCCUCUUGCUGUGGUGGAUGUAGCUCUGCUUCAUCACUCCCACCUGCUGGGUACCUGAAUGUACUGCACCUGUGAGGGGAGGUCUUAACGGUACCACCUGCUGGUUACCAGGGUGUACUGCACCUGUGAGGGGCGGUCUUAACGGUAGCACCUUCGGGUUACCUAAAUUAACUGCACCUGUUAGGGGAGGUCUUUAGGGACUAUACCUGUCUUGGUUGAUUAGCUAACCAUCUUAGCCAUCUCCUGCCUGCACUAUAACGUUAUUGCAUGUUAUUAUUUACAUAGAAUUUCCUCCAUCUAAUAACAUCUAAUUCUCUUUUCUUGCCUGUAUUUUGCGUUCUACUUUCCACUCUUCUGUUGACAUGCGGAUAUGUAAAUAAAUGCAAUGUAUAUAUCACCGCAAAAAGAGUCAGCAUUACUGGGUUGGAAGCCUCACCCACGAUCUUCAAUGUGCUGUUCAUUAAACACUGCAACUACUGCUGAAUACUUAAUGCAUCACAUGCUGCCUCCUACAUGCUCUACCCAGGUGCCAGCCCUCGCCGAAGGUAUACAGAGUAUCUCCGAUAUGUGUGAACAUGUCUGAUGGGGCUUAUAUCCGGCUGUGUGUUGUAUGUGUGAAGGGGCCACUCCGGAUCAUCUCCUGGCCCGAUUCUCCGGGGAUGACCCGGAGUUCAUGUGAGAAAGGACUAUUAGUGAGACCCAAACAGGAGUGUUUUCAAGUAAACAAGGGAUUUGGGGGGCAUGCGGCUUUAAAUAGGUGUGUUGUUUGGUUCUAUUUCAUUCAAAUGGGAUCUUUUCAUUCCUGAGCUGGUAACACUUUAUAAUAACUCUCCGU